AUGUCUCAACAAUCCAACUCAUCUUCUUCCAAGAACAUGCCUGGUUCUUCUAGCGCUGAACCAAGCAACCCUAACAGAGAAGAUCCUGUUGCUGACUCUGCGAAUACCCCACAUGCAAGAAGACCUAAAGAAACUGUAUCAGGCUUCUCCUCAGCCAUCGCUCUUGAGGAACGAACCAAAGAAGGUUCCAGGUAUGUUCACAAUGCCAUUGCCACUAUGGUGACUGGAAUACUAUCUGGUAAUUAUAAGGUCCUUGGGGUUUCCAUUCCCUUAAACACUAUUGAACCUGAUAAUGUUACUUAUCAAGAAAAUACUGAGUCUUUAGGAAAGAAUAUCUCUGAUGAUGUUGAGCAAACUGAUGCUCAUAAGGAGUCAAAUGUUGACAAACCCUUAGAUAAUAUGGUUGGUGAGGAAGUUCAUGUCACUCAUGAUGUCAGUGACAACCCUAACUGUGAGGCUGAAAUAGUAGACCUGGAGGAAUUUUCUGAUAAUGAGCUGUUGUCCUCUGUCCUUCCUAGCAUAACCAAAAGGGUUAGGACUAGGAGAGAAAAGAAAACUGUGGCUCAAAGGUUCCCCAGAAAGAAGAUUGAUGUUCCAACCUUUUCCAAGACAACGGUGGCAGUCGAGAGUUCCCUCAAGAGGAAAGUUCAUGGUCCAACCAAAUCUUGGAGCAAAGGGGUGCCCAAGAAAAAGAAGACCAAGCAUGUUGUUGUUGAGUCUGACUCAGAUGUUCCAUGUAAUAAGAGGCUGGCUUUGGAAAGGGAAUUAGCUCAAAAUGUCCUAGACUGUAAGGAUAUUAUGGACCUUAUUCAAGAGGCUGGUUUAAUGAAGACUGUGACUCAGUUCUCAAAGUUCUAUGAGAUGUUGGUAAAGGAAUUUAUUGUUAAUUUGUCUGAAGAAUAUGCUGAUGGCAAGUCUAAGGAAUUCAGGAAAGUGUAUGUGAGAGGCAAGUGUGUAAAUUUCUCUCCCUCAGUGAUCAGCAAGUAUUUGGGAAGGGCUGAUGUAGCUCAACCUGAGCUUGAGAUUGGAGCUGCUAACUGGGUGCCCACCAAUCAUAAAUCUACAGUUGCUGUAAUGCUUGAAAAGUUUAUAUAUGUUGUUGGAACCAAAGCCAAUUUUGACUAUGGCUCCUAUAUUUUUGAUCAAACCUUGAAGCAUGCAGGAAGCUUCAGUGUGAAGGGCCCUAUAGCCUUUCCUUCUCUCAUCUGUGGUAUUAUUUUGAAUCAGUUUCCAAACAUCUUAAUAGAGAAUGAUUUUGUGAAGAAAAGAGACAGCCCUAUGUCCUUCAAUCAUAAGCUGUUCCUAGGUACCCAUGUCCCUGACAUUGUCAUGACAACAGGUGAGACAUCACGUGUAAGCAAUCAACCAGGUAAAGUUGCUAUCAUUGCAAUGCUCAAAGAAACUUGUAGGGAGUUAGAGGCAAGGAAGCUAAACUUGGAAAAAUUGAUUAGCACUUUGGAGAUGACUGAAGGUGAUGUGCUUGGUGAAGCUGCUGCUGGUGCAGAAGAAGCUGAAAGACAAGGUGAAGAGGGAGAAGCAGAUGCCAGUCCUGAUGAUGGCACAUAUGAUGAUGCUGACUCUGAGUCAGAUGACUAG